GGUUAUUUGUAUAAAUGGAAUGUUUUGAAUUAUAAAUAUAAUUAUUUCGUAUGAUAAUAAUGUGCAAGACGUUAAAUUUAAUUUUAGUCACAGUAUAACCGAAUUAUCCAAAGUUUUAAUCCUGGCAAGUGUUAAAACUUUUUCCCGCCGUUGAGCGAAAGUAAAAUUUUAAACAGUGCUUAACAAUGUUAUCGACGGCAGAUUUAGAAAGGCUAAUUACGGUUAAACGACGUGAGAUACAGCAGGAGAAAACCGUUCUUGGUCUUUCGCCGCCUCUUAACGAUAAUGAUGUAUCAAACAAAGAUGAAGUAUUGAAGACUGAUAGAAAUGUGAGAUUGAGCCGAACACGAGCUUUCUCUGAAAAUAAUGUGCCUACAAACGCUAGUGAAGCCUUCGGAGAUGAAACAUCGGAAGAUUUAAAGGGUUUGAUACCGCCCGAUUUGGAAAGAUAUAUACGGCGAUAUAUAGGGUUACCAGUGAUGUUAAAAGCUGGCGAGUUCUCACCGAACAACCCGCUCAUACGCGCCGAAAGGACGUCCGGCGACGCCCUGCUCGGCCUCGGCGAGUAUGAGCGACGGAGGAACACCCUGCGGAAGAUGAGACAGCGACAAUACAAGGAGUAUCUUGAUCAACAAGCAAAAAUAAAGCAGGAAGCCAAAGAGAAAGCUGAGCGCGAAAGCAAAGAGAGAGAAGAGAGAGACAGACUUAGGGAAGAGAAGGAAAGAGAACGGCUAGAGUUAGAGCGAGAUAUAAUUCCAGAGAGAAGAAGAGCGAGUGUCAGUCAUACUUAUAUCUCCGGAGCUAAUAAUACAUAUACAACAAAAGUCGAUACCGGUGUCCAGGUAGAUCACAGGAGCGCGCCGUUAUCCGUUGCGGUACAGACCGAUGAUGAAAAAAUAUUUGCACUGCCGGGCGCGCUGACGGCGGCCGAGCGCGAGCUGUCCCCGCGCAGCGCGCGCUCCACGUGGCCCGCGCCGCCCUCGCUCCAAUCUCUCCCGGCGAUCAAGACGACAGCACGAGAUCAGCUGACGUCAGAGCUCCGCCCCUCGUACAGGCCGUCGAUAUUCGACGCGGAAACGAUCAAAAUGAGGAACGAACGAGCGGAACAGGAGGCAGCGGAACGUCGUCAGUUCUACCAGCAAGAACUGAAGAAUCAAAUAGUGGAGCAGCAGAGGAUAAAAGAGGAGAGAAAAACGAGGGAACAAUUGUUGGAACAAGCGGAGAUGAGGAGGCUAGAAGAGCAGCUGCGCUCAUUGAAGACGGCACAGGAGAGAGAAAUUGAGCGACAAUACGACAUCAAUGCAGCUAUAAAAGAAAGAGCACUUGAUUACGACAGGAAGAGAGAAAGCCUUCAAAAGGAAAUUGACUUAGAACACGAAGCGUUAGUGAAGGCGGCGAUACACCCAAAACGAACACACACAUCCAAAAGCGAAUCUCCCAAACAUUCAAAACUACCAUUUUUCUAUAAACCGGAAAAAAUGGAAAGAACGCCAUAUUCUUUUAACAUACCGGACAACUCGAUAUUCUCACAAAAUUAUGACGUCGAGAGUUAUUUGAGAAGGAACCUUAAUCCGACCAAAGAAAGUCUACUUUCGAAUAAACUAGAUAACUCUGAAAUAGAAAAAAACUUGGACAUCGAAAAGAAUGUGGUGGUAGAAAAGGAUAUGGUACACGAGCGUCCGAAAGAAAUAAGAAAGAAUGUUCUGGAAAAUUUCGACAAGGAUUCGCUACCGAUACCAGUUUUACGACACUCUCCUAAACGAAGAGUCAGCGAAGAUAUUUCUUCAAAUUUAAGUGAGAAAAUGCAAAUAGUCGAUGAUAAAUGGAGAGUUCCCGCCGUACAGAAGAAUAUAUUAAAAUCUUUGCCGAACGAGAAAGGUAAAAAUGUAAGCAUUUUAACACAACUGGGUUCGAUAAGACGUCAGCUGCAGCUGGAGCAACUGAAGCUAGACAAAAUGAUGUCUAAAAAUAAUUGAGCUAUUUAUCUAAUAUUAUCUGUGGUUUUAUUAUCUGUAUAAGUACAGAUAAAAAAUAUCUAGUAAUGUAGGUAAUACAAUAUGGUGCCGUAAUGUUAAAUAUAUUUAUCUUAAAUGUUAUUAGCCUGCAUGUUAUAAAAUAUGUUAUUUUUUUAACGAGAUUUAGUUAAUAAUAAUUUGUUUUUGUUUGAAUUGUAGAUUAAUAAAUUACGAUUCAAGUGUUCAUAAAUUUAAAGCAUUCGAUUUAAAUUACAAUUUGGUAACCUAAUUUUUAUAUAAAAAAGUUUAGACCUAUUCCCGUGUAUUUGUUAUAUGUUGAUGAGUCAAAUAUUAGGAUUAAAAUAUUCAAUAUUGUAGAUCUCUUUCAUGAAUAAACUAUAACUUCGCUCGUCAACGCUAUAUAACCUGCUUAGAUUAUUUCUACGUCUAGAUGGACCGUCAAAACUGAGCAGGGCUCUAACAAAAUAGUGGCCAAGCGUUGGCCAAUAAGUACACGCAAACAUGUAAAGUAUUAUG